UUUAGGAAGCCAACAGUUGGGAUAAGUAACGCGUUUCAGCUCAGACAUUGUACAUAUGUAUGUACAUAUGUUAGCUUUCUUGUUGUCAUUUGUGUAUCACCAAUAACCGCCGGGUAAUUGGCUCAUAAGCUGCAAAGGUCCCAUUAAUGGCACAGCAGAAGAAAGCAGCUGCGAUAUGGCUGCUAUUAUGGCUUCAAAGUACUGCCGGUGUUCUUGGCGAGCGAACGCGUGAGAAAAUGUAUGAACCGAUUCUGGGUGCCAGUUGUUUCCGACGCUUGAACGGCACCCAUCAGACAGGAUGCUCAUCGACAUUUUCAGGAUCCGUAGGCGUACUGCACCUGAUAAACACUGAUGCAGAUUUGGAAUUUUUGCUCAACAGUCCGCCUUCUCCGCCGUAUGCUCCAAUGAUACCACCACAUUUGUUUACUAGGAUAAACCUUUUACGCCUCAAAGAUGCCGGCCCUAAGACAAUAUCUGUUGUGCUGUUAAUCAAUAGAUCAAAAAGAAUGACGCAGUUUUCGCACGAACUCAACUGUCCCAAUCAGUACAGUGGUCUCAAAUUACACAACAGCACAGAGACAGUCACCUGUGAUGCAAGCAAUGUGGCCAAUACCUGGAAUCGCUGGGGCACUGGUCUACUGCACGAGGACUUUCCAUUUCCCAUUUACUAUAUAGCUGAUCCUGAGGAAAUCGACAAGUUGGAGGAGUGCUUUAACAAAUUCAACAACUUUGAUUACGAGUCGCAUUCAUUACGCAGCUUAUGCGCUGUGGAAAUCAAGUCCUUUAUGUCUGCAGCUGUUAACUCUGAAGUGUGCAUGCGGCGGACGAAUUUCAUAAACAACCUUGGCGGUAGUAAAUAUUGCGAUCCCUUGGAGGGCCGGAAUGUGUACGCAACAUUGUACCCACGCACUCCAACUGAAAGUUUCGAUGUUGAUGCAACCGAAAAGUUUAUUGUAGUAUCGUGCCGCCUGGACACUACAAGCAUGUUCGAUGGACUGGGGUUGGGGGCCAUGGAUUCGCUGCAGAGUCUAGCUGUUCUUACCCAGGUGGCGCAUAUGCUCCACAAACUAUUGCCUUCGGCGAACUCGCAGCCUGAUCCAAAACGUAAUGUGCUGUUUCUGGCAUUCAAUGGCGAGUCCUAUGACUACAUUGGUUCGCAGCGAUUCGUUUACGAUAUGGAAAACUUGGCCUUUCCUACCCGCUCCACACGCACGACGCCCAUUUCGUUUGACAACAUCGAGUUUAUGCUAGACAUUGGAACACUCGACGAUAUAGGCAACAUUAAGCUGCAUACACUUAAUUCGACACCUGUCGCUAAGCAACUGCUGCAACUGCUUAACCAGUAUGCUAAAUCAACCCGAUACGGUUUUAAUGUGAACAUCGAAUCAAACGUGGGCCUUAACAUACCACCCACAUCAGCGCAAUCGUUUUUGCGGCGCGACCAAAAUUUCCCGGCUUUGAUUUUAAACGCUGCGCCCAACAAUAGAUACUAUCACUCCAUAUAUGAUGAUAUUGAUAAUGUCGAUUAUGUCUAUGCCAACACCAGCCAAGAUUACACAAAGCUGGCUGAUGUGAACGAUGCCAAAAACAUCAGCUGGAGUUCUUUGCAAAUGAAGGUGCGCAACGUCUCCUCCAUAGUGGCAAUGGCGCUCUACGAGACUCUAACGGAUAAACAGUACCAAGGAAAUCAAGUGGCCAAUCCACUGUUGGCGGAUGAAUUCUUCUACUGCUUUCUGCUGUCCUCAGACUGUCCACUUUUCAAAGCCUCCUCAUACCCAAACAGUCCAGCAGGUGUGCCGUUGCCGCCAAUGCGAUACAUAAGUGUGCUGGGUGGCUCACAAGAAUCAUCAGGUUGGACGUACCGCCUCUUCGGCUAUCUGCUGUCGCGCCAAGAGCCGAGUGUGCCAAAGGAGAAUUGCACUCAACUGCCACUGUUCUAUUUUGCUGGUCUGAAUGGCACUGGGGAGUGUCGUCGUACAACGCAGAACUAUACACAUGCAUUAAGUCCUGCGUUUCUCAUUGACGACUACGAUUGGCGAUCAGGUCAAUAUUCAACGUGGACUGAGUCAACUUGGUCGCAAUUCAGCGCCCGAAUCUUCCUGCGUCCGUCCCAUGUGCACGAAGUCACAAUUUUAAGCAUUGGCAUUGUGGUGUUUAUAAUUUCGUUCUGUUUGAUAUACAUUAUCAGUUCGCGGUGGGAAGUGCUCUUUGAGGAUUUGCCUGCUAGCAAUGCGGCAUUAUUUAAUUGAUGAUUGUGUUUGAAGUUGGCCC